AUGGCUCUACGGCGCUCAGCCCGCAUCUCCACAGCUUCCGCGGUACCAAAGCCAGUGGCAUACAGAAAGAUAACCCCUACACCAUCCACAGAACCCAAAGAAGCCACCAAAAAGCGAAAAAACCGAGCUUCAAACACCGCUACGUCACCGCCCGAAGUAUCUGAGGUGAAAGCGGCAGAGUCCAUCUUCGCACCAGACCGUCAACCUAUCUUUGCAGUCCCAGAGCUCCCUUCUACACCUCUCACGAAACGACGGAAAGUCGCCUUGGAAUCACCUUCCAAACCUCCGCCAUUCACGCCGACUCCGUCUGGCGUGGGCUUGCUCGCUCACACACAUGCUUCGGAAUCGGACCACCCCUUGGAAGACCUUGGCAACCUCAAGCCUCGUCCCGCAGAACCCCACGCCACCAACGCGCCCUUGUCAACCCCAGGCGGAUCACGCGUGACAGCAUACACCUCAUCACCAGCGAAACCUUCCACACCAUCAGCGUCGCAAGAAGCAGCCGAACCCUCGCCAACGAAGAAGCGUAAGGCGAAGGAGACUGUGCCGCCAGAUGUCGGCGUGCUGAACAAGCCGACCGCGACGAUUGACACGCUGCUUAAAGAUGCGGAGAAGUCUUUGUGUAGUGUGGAUCCAAAGUUGAGGCUCUUGGUGGAAAGACAUAAGUGUAAGAUAUUUAGUCCGGAGGGAUUGAGGGAGGUGGUGGAUCCAUUUACGGCGUUGAGCAGUGGGAUCAUGGGACAGCAGGUCUCAGGACAGGCUGCUGCCUCGAUACGCAAAAAGUUCACUGCACGUAUUAUUCCCGAAAGCCACCCUUCCUUCCCCAACCCCUCCCAAGUCGUUGCUAAAGACCUCCCCACCCUCCGCACAGCCGGCCUCUCCCAACGCAAAGCCGAAUACAUCAGCGGCCUCGCCGAGAAGUUCGUCUCUGGAGAACUAAGCGCCGCCAUGCUUAUUAGCGCGUCCGACGAAGAGCUCAUCGAGAAGCUCGUUGCCGUGCGCGGCCUCGGCAGGUGGAGCGUCGAGAUGUUCGCUUGCUUCGGGCUCAAGCGCAUGGACGUGUUCAGCACGGGCGACUUGGGCGUGCAGUAA